CCCCGCCGUGAAAUCGGAGUUCCAGAGAGGAUUCCACGCCCAUUUGUCUAUAAGAAACGGGACAGCCCCACGAAGCUCGGCGGUUCGGGGCGGCCGGCAAUUCCCCACCUUCCGUCGACAAGGCAGCCCGCUCUUGCUCCUCCUGGCAAUAACCUUCUGAAUUGACGGACUCAGAUUGGGCCUGAAUUGCCCUGCCGGCAACCAACGAGGCCUAGCCCCACCCGUCCGCAACAGCGCUCCGGCUAAGAAACUCGAAGGUUCAACCUGCUAGAGUUUCCCAUCAGGCGACGAUACAAACCUAGCUGCUGGGUUCCGGCCCCGUCUUGCGGCAUCCGGACGGCCCUUGGACGAGCUUCCUUGACGCGCCAAGAUGGACGUCGAGAUGGAGCCGCCCGGCCCGCCCAUUGUGCCACCACCACCGGCAUCAUCAGCACCACCGGCACCGUCCUCUCCUGCCCCUCUUCCUGCUCCUCCUACAGACUUAGGUUCCGAGCAGCCACAGGCCGAAGGAUCGUCUCCUGCCACUGUGAUCCGGCGGAGAGCUCCGAUCGCCUGCCGAAGAUGCCGCCGUAUGAGAAGCAAAUGUCACCACGACAAAGCGAAGCCACCAUGUCGAGGCUGUCUCGAGGCUGGUCUUGGCCCUAGCGAUUGCGUCUUCCCGGUGCGUGGCCAGCCGGACCAGGACCGUGAGUAUCGCCACCCUCGAGUGAGGGCCGAGAAGAGCAAGAAACGGGACGAGACCAAGGCUCGUCGUGGGAGCCGAGAUGCCCCAGCUGCGCCGCGCGCGAACCUACUCGCGUCUUCGAGUCUCGCCCAGGGCUCCGAUGGCUGGGACCUCCUACCCCCGCUACCCGAAAUCCUGGAGUCCGUGAACCAAUUUACACGCCACUACUUCCAGCUUGGCUUCAUCCCGAGGCAGCUGUUUCUGGAGCGCCUUCGGACUCAGAAUCGGUCUGUCAGCGUGUUCUUUCUGCUUGGUAUUCUCAGCAUCUCAGCACGGUUGACGCCGGCACUGGUAAAGCGGUAUGGAAGUGCUGUGAGAGCCUCCGAGACCUUCAUGGAGCGUUGCUUGGCUCUAGCACAGAGCGAAUUGUACAAGGAGCCGACCCUGGAGAGGUGCCAGGGGUUUUACCUGCUAAGUGUUGCGCAGCAAGGGAGUGGGAUGAGGCAUAAGAGCUCCAUCAACAUGGCGGUUGCGAUGCGGAUGGCGACUCUGAUGCAACUUCACAGAGAGGAAACCUAUGUUGUACCGAACCCAACGAGGGAAUUAAUCUUAAGGGCCGAAUCUGCUCGCAGAACUCUAUGGAUGCUGCACAGCCAGGACAACCUUCACUCGGGCCCACGGUCCCCCGUCUUGUUGUCGGCGAGCGAUAUAACAGCACUGCUUCCCAGCAACGAAAGCGAUUUCGCCAACGCACGAGAACCACAGUCGAGAGCGGCACUCGAGGGCACGUCCCCGGCUCUGGAGAACCCUGGUCUAGUUGCCAUCGAAGGGAGAUCCCUAUUUGCAGCGCUUAUUCAAGUACAUCACCACUGGGGCGCCAUUUAUAGACGAGCCAUUGGUAACAACCGAAGUCUGCGGCCAUGGGAGCCGGACAGCGAGUAUGCCAUAAUGGAGGGACGGCUCGCGGAAUGGGAGAGCGGUCUUCCGAACGACUACCGCUGGAGCAGUCUUCUUCUUAAGGGCUACAAACACGAGGGCCAGGAUCUGGCGUAUCUCGGCGUGACCAUGAUCACUCGUCUCUGCAACAUUGUUAUUCGCAAGGCGUACUUACCUGAAAUGAUAUCGCACGACAAGUCGGAUCCUGACUUAACUGCCUUCUGGACCAACAUGGCGCAAAAGCUUUUCUGGAACGUAAAUAUACUCUAUGAGCAGAUCGAGACCCAUUACGCCGACAAAGCUCCCGGCGAUGGUCCUGGCGCGCAGAUGGCGGCGUUUUGCUUUUAUACCUGUGGUUUUCUAGCUUGUUACCCCUGCAAGUUUCCAAACAUCUGCCCUGAUCCAUCCAUCGUCAGCAAUGCUCCCAUGAUGGUCCAACGCAUCCUCAAUAUCCUCGCCGAGAGCAAGAGUAUCUGGCCCUUGGCAGCUCGGUGGUAUGAUCAUCUAGAGAGGUUUUACACUUCCCAGAACGCAAUGACUGCCGGGGCGGAGGGCAGUAUGGCUGAUAGCCUUCUUUUCGCACCUAACACCUCACAGAGAGAGCCUAUACCUCAUGUGCUCCACCCCCCGCCCAACAACCCAGCGACCAAGCCCAUCCAACCCCGUGUCGUGGCUUCAAACCCGAACGAGAACGGGGCCGGACCUCAGAGUCCCGGUAUGGCGGCGCUUACCCUCCAGCAGCAGCAACAACAACCCCCACCAACUGCGUACGCAGACCCCAAUCUCGGUCGCCCUACUUCCCAACCGCAAGCCCCGCCCAACCCGCCACCACAACAACCACAACAAGCGCAGCAACCACAGCAACCACAGCAGGUCAUCAUGGACCACGGGCAGGCGCCGCUCCAGGCCGCUGGUACUAGGCCGACCACUGACGGGCUCGGCCUGCUGAUCGAGGCGUUUGACGCUCGCCAGUCCGCCGCGGCGCCUAUGCAAGGGGUGCAAGGGGUGCAAGGGGUGCAAGGGGUGCAAGGGGUGCAAGGGGUGCAAGAAGUGCAAGGGGUGCCGGGGAACAACAACGCGCCUCCUCCACCAGGCGCGGCGUACGACCCGCACGCCACGCCGCAGCAGUACUACCCGCAGCCGGCGCUGGCCGUGAGCGACGGGUACGAGAACGAGCUAGGGUACUACAUGUCGGAUGGGGUGCCGCCGGCGAUGCAGCAGAGCUGGACUGGGGGAGGGGACAUGUAUGGGUACUGACUGAAAGGGAGAGUGAGGGGGUUGAGCGGGAGGGUUUUGGUUUUUGUUUAGGUUUACCGAGGCUGUCUUUCUUGCGUGGACGUGUUGCUUUUAUUUGUCUUAGCGGUGGGAGUUUAUGGUUGGGUGACCCGGCCUGGAACGGUCCGUGGCUGGAAAGGGAUGGGAAGGUAUUUCCCCUUUGCUUGGGAUGUGAGAUUUUGCGAUUGCUGCUUUGUGGAGUUUAGUUAUGCUAGGGGUGUCAAAAGCUAGGUACUUGACUGAAAACAACAUACGAAAAAUAAAGAGUUCUUUGCCUACUU